AUGAGCCCUGGAUCCGGUUCCCAGGCUGCCGCCCGAGGCACACCUGCCAAGUACAAUGCCAACGACCUCGUCCUCGCAAAAGUCAGGGGAUACCCGCCGUGGCCUGGUAUCAUCGUCGACGACGAAAACGUCCCCAAGGCCGUCCUGAAGGAGAGGCGAUCCCGCGAUCACUACAUCGUCCGCUUCUUCCCCGCCGCGGACUACCACUUUGCCACCGCUCGCGAUCUUUCGCAGCUUACGCAGAAGCAGAUCGAGAACUACAUCCGCGACCCAUCAAAGAAGGGCGGCGAGCUCAAGGACGCCUACAAGUGCGCCGGCAACGACCCCCUCGCCUGGAACGAGGAGCAGAACGACAUUGUCCGAAUGCACGAAAACGCCAAGCUGGCGGCCGAGGAAGAGGAGCAGGAGAACGAGGACCAGCUCGAGGAGGAGGGCGACGAGGAUGAGGAGGUCGCCCCCAAGAAGCGAAAGCGCGACGAUGACGGUGUCGGAAAGAUUCGUGAGAGCGCUGUAGACAAGCGGAAGAAGGCCAAGGUCGCAAAGGCAGAUGCGGCAAAGCAGGCCUCUGCCAAGCCCAGCAGCCACGCCAAGAAGGCCAGCAACGGCGAGCAAGAAGGAGACGAGGACUCGGAUCCCGCGGUCAAGAUGGUCAAGGAGUGGCGCCACAAGCUUCAAAGGGCCUUCCUGACCGCCAAGGAUGGCCUGCAGGGCGAGGACAUGCCGGCCAACGACGAGACCUUCAAGCUGGUCGAAGCCUACGACGACAUGACGCUCGACCAGCUCAAGCAUUCGAAGAUUGGCAAGGUGAUGAAGAAGAUUGUCCAGCUCGACGAGAUCCCCCGCGACGACGAGUUCCAUUUCAAGGAGAGGGCCGAGGCGCUCUACAACAAGUGGCAGGCCACCAUCAGCAGGCAGAGCGAGGGAGAGACGAAGGACAUCCCCAGUCAGGAUGCCCCGGCCCAGGACGAGGCACCCGCCGAAGACAAGCCGGAACCCGACACGACGGCCGAAUCCACCAAGGCCGAGGAGGACGUCAAGGCGUCGACGGAUGCCUGA